AUGGACUCUCGAGCAUUUCCAAAUGAUGAGAUAUUCAAAAGCCUUCUCUCCUCUGCUGAGAAAUCCCCCGGAAUUGUCAUCAAUGAUCCAGUAAAUGGGGUAUCGACGAGCUAUAGCCAAUUGAUCCGGAAUAUUGUGGACACACGCAGGAGCAUUCAGGAUGCUCUACCAGCGAACCACUUUGACGACAGAGGAAUACUCAUCGACGACUCUAUCUGGGUUGGGCUACAAGCCCCACUCUCCGAGGAGUUUAUUGUCGGCUGUUUUGCGAUUCUAUCUCUUGGGGGAGCUAUCAUGCCCCUUGCAAUGGGGAUUCUCCCGGAGGAAGCAAAUCACUUUCUUAAGCAAACAAACUGUGUUUUGCUACUCGUUCCACCGGGUCAGCCAAGCACUGCAAGUAAAAUCCACCAGUACAGACAGCAAAAUUGCGUGUCGCAGCGUCAGCUGCAUACCAUUCCUAUAAUCUGCGGCAAUAGAGAUCAUUGUGUUGAUGCUCCAGCGCAUCUGCGGAUAAAUGAGAGCACGACUAUCCCAUCGACGCGUCCAGGGCUAAUUGUUUUCACAUCCGGCACAACUGGUCCACCUAAAGGUGCGGUACUACCGCGCCACUGCAUGUAUCCCCCCAAGAUGCCCCCAUCAGCUGACCGACGAGUCAUGCUCUGUGACCGCAUGGCACACUGGAUUGGCGGGGUGGUUGGCACAUUGAGGCCUCUAUUAGCGGGAUAUGCUAUUGAGUUAAUCAAGCCUGGAUCCCCGGGUGAAGUCUAUUGGGACCUUUUCAAACAGCAGCGAGUCACAAGAGUCAGUUGGGGUCCUAUGGUGCUGUUCCGAUUGAAACAGUACUUCGAGGACAACAUCAAGGAUCUACCUCCUGAUGAGAUUGAACCGUACCUGCGUGGGGCUCGAGCCAUUCGAGAGUUUUCCAUAAGCGCGGCUAUGCCCACAGUCACGUUGAUGGAGUUCUGGGAGAGAUUGACGGAUGUGCCAAUGGAGAUGGGUUAUGGCUUAACAGAAGUUGGAGGGCUGGUUACUACGCUACCGAGAAUUGUUCCCGCUAAAGUAAGAUAUCCACCCUCCACUGUUUACAGCUUCCGCGGAAUUGACAGUCGCCUUAACCAGUCUUCGAUUGGCCGACCGCUUCCUGAUGUAGAGAUGAAACUUUCGGAGGGCAGCAGAGGAGAAGUGCUCAUCAAAGGGCCCCGGGUCAUGUCACAUUACUUGAACGACGAAGAAGCCACCAAAGCUGCGUUCGACGAAGAAGGGUUUUUCCGAACGGGAGACCAGGCACAUAUGGAAGGCGACGAGUUCAUCUUUGAUGGCCGUGCUUCUGCGGACUUUCUACAAGUCUGGACUUAUCUGAUUCCUGCUCUGCUAGUUGAGAAUGCGUUGACAGGCCUUCCAUACGUGACCGAGAGUGUGGCUGUUGCACUGGGGGCCUUGGUCAGACUACGAAAAGGCGUCGGUCAGAUCUCAUUUCGUGAUUUACGUGCCGACCUUGCCAAGUCCCUGCCCACCUACGCCCUUCCUACGAAGCUGAGGGUGCUGUGCCAGGAAGAGAUCAUACCCCGGACUGUCACCGACAAAGUCAAUAGGAAGGAGGUUCUAGCAAAGUAUUUUGUUGGUGUCGCAGCGGAAAACGUGGAGACAUGUGCACCGUCAGCCAAAGAACAAAACGGACCACAGAAGGCAGCACAAAUUAAUUUCGGUCAGUCGCUAGCUGCCCUUUUGGUGCAUUUCUGGACGGGACAAGCUGGAGGUUCAGGUGUUGACCUCUACCGCGCUGAUGGAUCGGGCGGCGCGGCUCGGCUUGCCGAGAGGCCUGGUUCGGGUGUCCGGGUGUUGCCGGAGGCUCCUGUCCCCUGCUGA